UUGUUAGUGUAUUUGCUUUGUAUCUUGUUUAUUUUGUUGCCUUUUUUUUUUCCCUCGACGUCCUGUUUCACUAACUUUCUUUUUGAGUCGAGGGUGUAUUAGAAAUAACCUUUUUUACCCUAGAAAGAUAUGGAUAAAAUCUGACGCAUUCUACCCUCCGUAGACCCCGGGUUUACCCUAAUAGUUGCAGUAGCAUUUAUCAUGUUUCGUCGCAAGAGCCAUCCCCAUAGUGAACAGGAGGGUGAGGAUCAACCACAUAAGGUUAAGGAACUUAGGACUUCCUUGGGCGCGCCACUAUCAGGACGUGAUUUACAGUACUGCAGUGAUGCAUGUUUAAGGAGAUAUUUGGAAGCGCGGAACUGGAAUGUUGAGAAAUCAAAGAAGAUGUUGGAAGAAACCUUAAAAUGGAGGUUAACUUUUAAGCCUGAAGAGAUCCGCUGGCAUGAAGUUGCAAUUGAAGGUGAGACCGGGAAGGCUUACAGAGCAAAUUUUCAUGACCGUGAUGGGAGGACUGUUCUUAUCUUGAGACCGGGAAUGCAGAACACGACAGCACUAGACAACCAGAUGAGGCAUUUAGUGUAUCUGAUAGAAAAUGCAAUUCUUAAUCUUCCACAAGACCAAGAGCAAAUGUCAUGGUUGAUAGACUUCACAGGAUGGUCUUUAACUAACAAUGUUCCUAUCAAAUCUGCUCGUGAGACGGUCAAUAUUUUGCAGAAUCACUACCCUGAAAGACUUGCUGUAGCAUUUCUGUACAACCCUCCGCGGAUUUUUGAAGCAUUUUGGAAGAUAGUCAAGUAUUUUCUGGAUCCCAAAACAAUGCAGAAGGUCAAAUUUGUUUAUCCAAAGAACAAGGACAGUGUUGAGUUGAUGAAGUCAUAUUUUGACAUGGAUAAUUUACCAAAUGAAUUAGGAGGAAAAGCAAAUUUGAAAUAUGAUCAUGAAGAGUUCUCAAGGCAAAUGACUCAAGAUGAUGUGAAAGCUGCAAAGUUUUGGAGUUUUGACAUACACCACACUGAAACUAAUGGCUAUUCUGCAGCUGAGGUUGCUCCAAAGACUGAGUGUCUUGCUCCACCAGUUAAAGUUUAGAUGCUUUUGCUAGAGUUACUUAAAACUUUGUUAGAUGCUUUGUUAUGAUAUAACAAAUGUAAGAUGUUAAGAAUUUGCAUUUUAAAUACUAGGCAAUAAACACUAGGUGAUUACUUUUCGUCUAUUUAAGUCUUUUGUUUGACAGACCUUAUGGUGGUAAAAGAUAGAAAGUAACCAUUUUGGGUGAAAUAGUCGAUGUGUGCACAGUCUGAACACAUCCUUGAUAAAAGAAGGAAAA